AUGUAUUCAGUUCCCUCUGGGGCCUGGCAGCGGGUGAAUAUACGCUCGUCUGUACUGGCAAAAAAGCACGCUACUGCCAAUAGUGGGUGAUUUUAUCAAUCGAAUUAAUAUUAUACCACUGAUUGUUUUUAUUUAAUGGACAAAGAGAAAAUAUGGCGGUUAUGCCUUGAUAGGCUAAUGGCGUCAACGUGUCCUGUAAAUUGUGUACGAUGAAACUGGAUGGAAUGAGAGUUGGAAAAAAGUGGUAGAAUUUUCGAAUGAAACAUCACGUUUAAUUUUACAAACACACCCCUUUAUCCGUCGGUAAUAUCGUAACUUGGUGACAAGUUUUAUUCAUCGAUUUUGCAUUUUCACUUGUUGGCUUUUUUUUCAACGGUGUUUGUGAAUACAGAAGUGAAAAAAUGUGAUACUGGUGAUUUUUAGUUGGUUAAACGUGUGUCACACUUAGCGUCUUUUGACGCCAUUUUUUUAAGGAGAGGAAAAGUAGGAUUUAAGUAUAGGGGUUGAAGUGCUUGAGUGAGGUGAGUGAUUUUGUGGAUGAAUAUUUGCGACAUUCACAGUAGCUGGAAGAUAUCGGUGGCAUAGUUGUUGAUAAAGCCGCGGCUAAACUUGUUGUGUGUUUUUUGUUUUGUUUGGGAGAAUUGGACAGUGUGGAUUUUGAUACGUUGGAUUUUCGAGAACACAGGAAUACAAGCGUGGAUUAACACCAAUAACUCGAAUGAAAAUCUUCGGACUGUAAAAUAUUGGAUUUCCACGAGCUUCGUCGAGAUCCGGUAAUCACCGUCUGCCUUUCGUACAAAUUUUGAAAUUGCUCGUCUGCGGUUGUAUAACUGACCCUGAUAAGGAGAUGGAGGGAGAGCUGGACCAUAUGUAAAAGUCCCGAAAGGUCAUACACGUCCGACAAUCAAAAAUAAAAUGAAUUAUAUCCCGCUCUUCAGUUACUUAUUACAUGAAACUUGGAGAUUGUCGAGUGAUUAAGAAAUGUUGAAUAGCGGAGAAUUGUGAGGGAAAUUAUCGACCAGUAAAUCAUUCCUGAAUUCCAAUUCGGUAUCUGUCUCCCAAUAUCACGGAAUAAAAGGGCACAAUUAUUUUCUUUCCGUUUCUAUUACCACGCUCAGGCGAAAUGGCACGGAGAAUUGACCAAGAAUCUAAUAGGAAACAAAAUCUUUCGGUACCAAGAACUCAAGAAGGAGGUUUAUGCACCUUGAAAAACCAUCGAAGUAGUACGACAGAAGUAGAUCCUACUUUUUAAUCAUUUCUAGAGAAAGUUCGAGUUUUUUCAACAUAAAAGCAUCGAAACCGAUAAUCGCCAUUGAAGUAAACGAGAGAUAAGAAAAAAUCAACUGCUAAUCGAUCAUAACGAGGUUUAGCGCCCAAAUCAUCAGCAAGCAAAGAAGCAUAAAUAAGAAAAUCUUAAAAAUAAUUAUAAAAACAGUUGCCACUUUUUGGCUUCCAUCAGCCAUAAACAGUAAGAGAUUACAAGAGGUGCAAAACGUGUACAGAAACCUGAAAACUGUUUUUAAAGAAGUUGACAAAAGUUCACAACAAACUUUUAAGGAAAAAGCCAAAAAGAAAGAAAGCACCGAAAAACUCGUCACAAUCUCUCUCGCUCUCUCACUCUCUCGUUCUCUCGAGAUAGAUUCAACGAGGGAAGCCAAGUUUUUCAGUGACACGUUUGCUAAAGACAUUUUAUUUUCACUUUGGGAAUACCAGCUUCCAUACGACUCUGAACGUUCUCUCACAUAAAAUAACAAAAAAAAAAAAAACAGAAAAAAAUUGUUAUUUUUCCUCAAAGUGUCCUUAAUCCAAAUGAAGAAAAUUCUAAACAAACUAGAGCAAAUGAAAAACAAGAUAAACAAUUAAACAUUUAGUUGCACGAAAAACGUGCAAUCAUUAAGAUAUAAAACAAUUCUAAAUAACUAAAAAUGAGUAGAAAAAUGUCACGAGUAGUUUUACUGAUUCUCCUCAUCUGGUCGUCGAUCGAUAACUCGCAGAGUUCUACCGAUGCUGGCCCAAACUCUCCAGUCUUCAAUUUAGACCACACAGCCCUGGAAAAGAAUAUUGCAGCGAUUUUCAACAAAGUCGCUCAUAGUUCAGCGACGACGAAACGCAGCGUGCCAGCCUACGAGGCACAAGUCUCAGCCUCAACAACCCUUUCCACCGUCCCCUCUCCCUUGACAACAACAACUGCAAAAUCAUCAACAUCCCUAUCUCCCACCACUCCCUCAAUUCCCUCAAUGAGAAACCCAAUUCCCCGUGCAACAGUCUCGCCCCCUUAUCGCGAAUUACCCUCCUAUGCUCCCCCGUCAAGAGCCCCAUUCACUCCACCUCUUCCACCAGAAUAUCUGAACCCGUUUGCAGAUAAGCCAACACUUCGUGGGACUAACUCAGAAAACUAUUCGGGCGUAAGAAGACCAAUUCCUCCACCUAGUUUGACUCCAGCACACGAGAGAAUCCCCAUAAGACCACCUGAUCUUCUUCACGCGCCUAUUCAGACACCUGAAAAGCCUCCAACACGAAAUAAAGCAUUGAACACACCCAGUAAGGAGCAGAGAAUGCCAGAGCCUUCGGGGGAAAUCGAGAGAAAGAACAACAGCAAUGAUUUUGUUCCGACUUUGCAUUAUCCCAGUAUUUCUCGAAUCCUCUCCGGUAGCAAUGGAAGGAAGCAGGAUAUCCCGGAGAUAUUAUUAAAGCCCCUGUCAACAAAAAUACCAAUGAAAAAUGUUCCUGCAGCUUCUACAACAGAGAGAAGUACUAGUACGACGUCUAUGACGAUAAGAACAACUAGUGCCGUUAGAUCAGCGACAAGGCCUACUAUUUUUAAUCUACCAAAUACAAGGAGGCAAGAGCCUGGUGAUAACAAUGGAAAUAACAGCGAGGACGAUGACAAGAUGGAAGAAAUAGAGAUUGUCGAUGCAGAGAGAUUGCCUUAUCCUCAACCUCAACCACCUGCUCCAUCAAAAAGACCAAUUGAUCACAAUCACGUUGUUCCUCAUGCUGACAGCCAUCAUCCCCUGGAGAACACAUGGAGAAUAGCCUGGUCUCUCCACGUCUACAUAGCUGCCAUUAUGUUUACUCUCAUGGCCCUAUACUCUAUCUACAAAAUAGUGAGAUUUAAUGAAGCCACGAAUUUAUUGACUCAAUCUUACUUCCUCACUGUUCAUCUACUGCUAACCACAGUAUGUACACUCAGGUGCUUUCACCUGUUCUACGAUGCUUACAACCUUGGGAAAUCGUUGUCAAGGCCAUUGUCACAGAUACUUAUGUAUCUUCCAGCUCCACUACUGUCCACAGCAUUUGCGACAUUAGUACUUCAUCUGGCAAAAUGCUCAGAGGCUCCGUCAUUGAAUAACAAAUUUUUAUCCCCAAUGACACUGGGAUUGUGUUCAAUGAUUCACAUUGUACUCUGUCUCUCCCUACAUGUUUCAACUCACAUUCUGGGAUACGAAGACGAUGCCAGGAUUUUACCCCUAGUCUGUCAGUGUAUUUACAUUGUGGUUUGCGUUACUCUUGGACUGUGCUAUAUGUAUGUCUACAGAGUUGUAAGAUCACAAAUCAAUUUAACGACUAAUAAAUCGGUGGGCUCCCAUGUAACCAGUGAUCCAACAACUGUUGCCUUGGGUACUGCCAUUACCACUACAAUAGCAACAGCGUUACUCUUCAUUCUGAUGGGUUUCGUUCAACUUUAUGGAAUCUUUGGUGUACAAGAGAAAGCUCAACCUUAUCCAUGGCUGUGGUGGGGCUGGCAAUUUUCGGUGAGACUUAUCGAGCUUUCAAUGUGCGGUUUACUCGCCUGGGUCGCUAGCCUCUCCCAGUAUCCCCUGAGAGAGAAACAAAUGCAACAACAUUCUGCACACUCUGGAUUCGCCCUCUUUCCAUGUGGUAGCUCCACCAGCACCGAAAAUAUGGACGAUGUACUGUAUCCAGCAAUUUGUAGUACCAAUCAGGCUAUACAGAAUUAUACAAUGAGAACUGGAAAGCAGGUAUAUGAUGACAGUUUUCCAUUAAAUACAUUACCUGAGCACUUGAAUAUUUCGGGCACAUUUGAGAGGCACUCAAUAAGAAAAAGCGGUACCAUGGGACAUUUUCCACAUGAGGGAAGGGGAUCGUUGAAUCGACAUGGCAAUGGGGUCCAAACACUGAGGGGGUCAGAGAACAGGGGAAGGCAUACACCACAGGGACUCCACGAACAGGCCCCAGCGUCUGGCUCCACCAUGCUGGUGGCUGAGGAUGGAUUUGUUAGGUUUAGAACACUUGGCGCUGAGGAGGAUGAGAUGAGCGAUACACAGAGUAUUGCGGGUACUCAUGGCAGGGGUGGUGGCUCAUUGGCCGGCAGUGUGAGGUACAGUGCAAGGCAUAAUGCUGCACAGCAUCAUGCACAGCAGCACCCGCACCAGUAUCAGCACAUGCACACGUUACAGCAUCCUCAUGAUAGACAGCAUAUUCAGGGACAUCAUCAGAGCCAUCAUCAAUUGUAUAAUAAUACGUAGAAGGGGGAAAAAGUGGCACGCGUUGAGUGGAGAGCGCCUGUGCCAAUUGUUGGAAAUCUUUUCCCUGCAACCACCAGACACGUCAUAGUACGAGCUGAACAGUCAACUAAAGCAACUACUAGCAGUACUCUGUCCAUCCGACGUACUCAAUUCGAAGAGAUAAUUUAAUAUUAAAUAUAAGUGUAAUAUAUUUUCAAAUGUAUAAAAUUCGAACGAUUUAAUUUUAAGAAGAUUAAUGAAAUAAUGCCCGCCUGUCUCGGCCCCGCUGCUUGAUAUCCAUUCCCCCUAUUAACAAAAAUGGGGAAAACCAAAAUGAGUCCAAAUGACCGCCAAGUAUAAAUUUUCGAUUUUAUUAAUAUUGCUGAACUAUUGAAAUUUUAUUCAAUAAAAUCGAAAGUUAUACUAUUGAAUAAAGCCGUAUAGCCAAGGAACAUCGUCUACAUUUUCUUAUCUUUAAAUAUGGAUAGUGUAUUAAAGCUUUGAAUUUGAAUUCCUAUCUUGGGCAAUCGGUACUUAAAUCCACGACCCUUGUGAUUUUUAAACGACAAAGAAAUAACUACAUAAUAAAUGCAUGAACAUAAGGAAACAUAAAUGAAAUUGAUGUAAAACAGUGAUUGGAUGUGCCCUAAUGACAUAUGACGAAUGAAGAUUUUCAUCAAAGUUACAGGAAACUUGUCGCAUAACUUAUUCCUCAGUUCAUUGAAAAACAAUACUUGAAGUGUAUUUUAAUUUCCUAUUUAUUGCGCAUUUGAUUUAUUAGUUUGUACCAUAUAUUUUUCAUUUUCAAGUAAUCUGUUUUCAAAGAGAAACAAUGAAGCAUUCAUAUAUUUUUAAAACAGAAAGAUAUCGAAAUGAGAAAGAGAUGAGUUUGCGGAUUUCUGACGGGAAUUUUGCCAAUAUCUCCAAAGUUAAUGGACUUCGAGGGAAAUGUCAAAACAUCUAUCUCAAAAUUUAAAUGGUUCUCAAGAACAAAGUUUUCUCAGUGAUUUUCCUAUUUAAUUAUUUUUCUUUCUCGAAAUUUGCAAAUGAUCUUGAAGGAAUCGUUAGUCUCAUCUGUUUCUGCUGAUUCCCUAUGGGAACAGUUCAUUGUGUUAUCAAGUUGGCCACCGGGUCCAAUACACAGUCCGUAAAGAAAAUCGAGUGAGUAAUCCGCCAAGCUUGAAAUUAUAUAAUCUUAAAACCCAAUUUCAACAUCAAAGAUCAAUGAAUUUUUUUAAAUGACCGAAAAAACGAUAAAGAAAUUGUACAGUCGAUAUUAAAUUAUCGUUGAGUCCUUAAAAAUGUGAGACUUAGUUAGUUCGUAAGGAUUACGAGCUUAAGUUGUCCAAUUGUAUACGUUAAGGAACAAUUUAUUAGUCUAAGUUUUAUGUAAAGCGACGAAGACGCGAUGGUGAAGAGACGUUUUAAAUGUUGUAGAAAUAUCAACACAAAAAAUGUACCAGAAGACUGCAAUUUGAUGAAUGACAAGAAGUUAUCGAUUAUUAUCAUACUUCACGCGAACUUGGCCAGCCUAUCUUUGUAUUUUAAGAAUAUUGUGGUACAAACCUGAAGGCAAUUAUCAUUUUUCAAUACCCACAGUUGUAAAUGAAUUAGGAUAAUCAAUUUCGCAAAUUUUUUGGCAAAAUUUCAACAGUUUAGCGGUAAAAAGAUUCCAAAUGGGUGUAAAACACCUCCGAAAAUUAUUUUGUAGAUAGGUUUUCUUUGUAAGAAAAAAGUUUAAACAAAAUGGUACUGCGAUCGCUACGAAAAUCUUACAAAAUCGAAUGAACUAACCAGUAGAUGGACGCCCAAUGAGAUUAUCCUGUGUUUUCUUAUGACUGUGUUUCAUAAUUGACAUAUAAACUUGAUAAAAAAACUGUCAUGGCGAGAUUAAAAAUAACAAUAGCUGUUGAAAAUGCAAAGUAACUGGUUAUUUUUUUUUGCGUUCGAUCUCAUACUUUCUUAUCCGAAAAUCGAACGUCUAUCUUUUGGGUGGUGUCCAUCUAUUGCGCAGGUUACCCUACUAUAACAAUUUUGUGAAAUAAUAUCUCAUAAAUUUACAAAGUGAGGAGUUAGGAAUUUUCAAUUCAUUAAUUCGACAUAUUAUUUCUUUUUUUACCGCUCAACUACAGAUUCUACGAUGGAUUUCAUAAUUAUCUCAGUUAGAAAACGUCCAGAAAAUGAAAGACGAAUAUUCAUAGAAAUUUGUACAUUACAAAAUUGUGAUUUUUUUAAUUUCUUAAUUUAUAUAGGUAGAAGAAGAAUGUAUUUAUGACAUUUAUAUAUAUUUUUUUCAAUUAGUUGGAAAACUGCCAGUUGUCGUUUACGAUUCGAUUGUGUUCCUCCGCAUUUGGAAAACUCUUUUUCUUUCAAUCCGGGCAAUCAGUAAUUCUUUCCAUGACUUUCUAUGAAACUAAACAAUUUUCUCGCAUAUUCGAUGUUCCAUGAAUUUUUAGUUUCUUCCAUGCCCUUUGAUCAUAUCGAGACCAGUUUAAUUUUCAUUUAGCCCGGCUGGAGUAUUAUUCAUAACAUUUGUGGAAUAUUAAAUUAUUUUUUAUUACUUUACCAUUCUUUUCUAUGAUUACAAUUUUAUCAGAAAGUAUUAAAAACAUUUUGAAACAAAUAACGAAUGAAUCCAAUCCGUGGAAAUGUUAAAUUUCUUAUGCGUGUGAUUCAAGCCGAUUUAGGAAAAAAGCAAGCGUUCGUAUUCUAAUAUAGAAUAUCCUCAGAAUUAUCUGAGGUAUAAAGGAAAAAAUGGAAAGCUGCUUACUCAAAUUUUAAUGGAAUGGAAAGGAAUUAUUUUAAGGAAUGGGAGAAAGCGCAAAGAAAGGAAAACCAAUUGUAUAUUACCUGUACAAAAUUAAUAGAAGUGAAGUAAAACACA